ACUCGUGUGUUCUGAGCCGAAAAGCAAGAAGCUUGUCCUGAUUUAUGGUUUUGGAUUUAAAAGUGUGUUCAUUUUCUUUUUUUCUUGUGUUAUGCUUUUUCGCUUGCACUUACCAUCUUUUAAACGAAACACUAGAGCAACAUUUUUCUAAAUUAGAAAAUGAAGUUGUUAAAAAGAUGGAGGCCAAAAAAAUGGAAAAUGUUUCUGGCCAUAGUUGCAGUUUAUGCUGUGUUCUCUUGUGUUUUGUAUUUUUGUUUGGUAAAGUUUCUUGAGAAGAAAAACAUACAAGAGAUGUUGUUUCUCGAUGGAUUUAAAUCACAAAUCAAAGAUGAUAUCCUAAAUUUAGGUGCUGAUGUGGAUGAAAUCGAGUUUCAAGAUGAGCAGAGUAUAAAUCCUCCAUAUCUUGAUCUCCCGCAUCAUAAUCCAGCUGCUUUACCCCAGGCCUUCACUCCAGAAAAACAACAUUCAAAAAGCAUCAUAAAACAAAGAAAAACGAAAAGAAAGGAUCCUACAUGUUUUGUAAGUCACUAUCGAUUCAACAAUGACAAUAAAACAGAUCGAUAUUUGUUCAUAUUGGGUCACUAUGAACAGCUUGGAAAAACAACAGUGAAUCUCUUGCAUUCUGGAAUGCUUGCAGCUUAUAUGGGUAGAAAUCUUGUAAUACCAUUGGUAAGGAAUUCACGUUUUUGUGGUUUACGCAGUGGCUGGACAGGCCCAAAAAGGAAACAGAGUCGUGAGUUCAUACCAAUGGAUAAUUAUUUUGAUAUGCAUUCUGUUGAACAUCUUUUCCGAGAGCAUGUUUUUACAAAGCAAAAUUCAAGCAUGCUUAGUACAUUGCCUGAAUUUUACAAGGCAUGUGUUACAGUUGGAAUGACGAUUAUUUUUUUUAUGUACUCUGGUGCCAAAGCAGAAAGUAAACGAUAUAUGAAACUAUCUGAAGAGGAAUAUAUUUUUGUUGAUAACAAAAUGAAAGAAAACAAUGGUUGGACAGACUGUUUAUUUGUUGAGAAGAAAGUUCAAGUCACAAAACGGAUGAAUUACACCAAAGUAAACAGUGCCUUUUGUAUUGAUCCUGAAAUCAUGCAAUCAAGAAGGGCAUUAAAGGAGCUUGUUCAUACCCACAAAUGUGUUAUUGUUUUUUUGUGGCGGGGAGUUGGUUUUCAACGGACACAUUUCAAUAUUACUUUUCCAAACAGUCAUGAAGCUUAUUUGUCUCACUUGCAAAGUAGUCAUUUCAUUGUAAAAGAAGUACAGCAGUUUUUAGAUUCUCAUGUCCGUGGUGUUAGAUAUCUAAGCAUUCAUAUACGUUCCGAACGGCAGAUUAUAUGGUAUGGUGUUGAGAAAUUUAAAAAAUGCAUGAAACUUGUUAUCAAAGUUGUCAAUAUUUUAUUAGAUAAGAAGAAAAUUAGACAUAUUUUUAUUUCAUCUGAUUUGGAAAGUCACGGUUCAGAUUCUCUUUCACAAGUUUUAAAUAAAACCAUAUUAAAUGAUACCAAACAAUUUUAUCAAAACUUAGUCAGUUCGCUUAACACUGUCAGAUAUAAAGCUGAUAAGAGAAAAGGAAUUAUUUACAACGAUGCUGGUUUUGUUGCUUUAACUGAAAUGGAGAUUAUGUCCCGUUCAAGUCAUUUGAUCACUUUAGGUGCUGGUACGUUUCAAGGAUGGCUAGUAGCCAUGUUUAAAAAAUACCAAAACAUGCAUAAGAGGCCAUGGAGUUUGACAAGAGUAUGUUCAGUUGAAAUAAAAAAUCCUUAUGCACAACAUAAAAAAGUCAAUUAAUUUAUCAAAAAUAGCUGCAAAAGUUUUAUUAUAUAUUAUAAAUUCUUCUUAUCUUUGAACCAAUGCAAAUUUAUAAAAUAAUGUUCUAUACUCAUGUUUCCAUGUCAAGCAUUCAAUUGAAGUAAUAGCAACCAUCAUUUUUUUAUGGGUUGGUUGAGCAUGGUUAAAGGGAGGUUGCUUUGCUGCUUCAAUCCCUGACAAAACAAAUGUCUCUUACAUUUUCUUCAUGAUCUUGGAACUGCAUAAAAACAGGUUUUUUGUUUGCCUUGUUCUGCUCCAUCUUUAAAAUAAUCUGGCUAAGUUGAGCUUUGUAUUGCGGUUACCGAAAAAAUAUUUUUAAAUUACGGGUUUUAAACUUCCUUGAUAUUUACAUCACACUUUCAUAAGGGGCAUUCAAUUAACCUGAAUUAUAAAAAUUUACGUUAAUUUUGUGCCUUAAAAUUUCCUGGAAUAUAGUAGCUGCGACACUUUAUUGUAAAAUAAACUAUAUAUCACAGACUGACUGUGUUUCAAGUUAUGUGUCCACUGAAAAGAAGAACUUUAUUGUAAAAUUUGACUUUGUUUUCAGAUUUCAUUGUUUUCUCAAAUUAAGCAUCAACUUAAUAGAUUAUUUCCUUUAAGAAAAGUUAUGUUUUUUUUUUGUUAAAUAUGUCUUAUGUUGAUAUAUUAUGUUGUUUAUACUAUCUUCAUAUAUAUUUUAUUUAUUGUUUUAUAAGAAUUUGUUACACAAUAGACAAAACAGAAUAUUUUAAACCACUUGUUUUU